CUUCAAACUAACAACCGGAGCACCGUCUUCGCUAGGGUUUAGUUUUGAGAAAAAAGGGAUCAUUUUUCCGAAACAAUGGCGACCAAAAACCUUAUUCGAACCGGAGCUUCACUGAUGAACCGCAUGUUCCUAUCGAAUCCUGUUCUGCAUCAGAACCCUAACACGACUCGUCAAGUUGCAUCUCACGGCUUCGAAAUUACUCCUCAGCUAUUCCCUUCUCUCUCCAAAUUCCAAAUUUCUCUCAAUUUCCCUCAAAAUGACGCCCAUUCUAUCAACAGGCUUUCCAAUGAAGGGUUUUUGCAUCCCUGUGGUCUGCCUUCUCUCGGUUUCUUCUUGCCCGAAGGUGAUUCAUCAAGUGAGCCAAUGUUCUUGAUUAAGAGGACAUUCCAACCUAGCAUCCUUAGGCGUAAAAGGAAUCAUGGUUUCUUUGCACGCAAGGCAACCAAGGGUGGUAGGAGAGUUAUUGCACGAAGAAUAGCAAAAGGUCGGUCAAGGAUCACUGCUUAGCAUCUCAAUCAAUGAAUUGUUAAAUUUCUGCAAUUAGAAGCUGCCCUUUUUUCAUGGUAUGACUAAGCAAAUUAGAAAAGACAUUUGCUCCUUUUGGUGGUUCAGUCUACCCUUAAUUCCUUGUAGGACUACAAUGCAAAGUUAGUUUCAGUCUUUCAUUUGUUUACAUUAUGAUUAUUCCUCCUCUAUAUAAAUAUUUGUACGAGUAUGUUGAUGAAACUAAGAAUGUGGUGAACAUAAAUGUUUCUUGAUAGUAGUAGCAAAAAGGCUUGUUUUCUUAAAUUAUAACCUCUGUUUUGGUUUGUA